CUAGGGCAAACUGGUGGCUCUUAAACACCUAGCAAAGCGCGGUCUGUCGCCGGGGUUCUGCAAACGCCGGCACGGCCGUCAAGUCGCUGUGAUGGCAUAAACAGCAGGGUUAAAGAUUCAGCAAUCGCCAUGACUCGGCCGUCACCGGGAGGUCGGGCGAGCCGGGCGGCACAGUGCGACUACACCUCGAGGGAGGUGGCGCUGGUCUUCCCCAGGCCUAGUCGACAGGCCGGGUGGUACGGCCUACUGCUCCUCCUUGGCUGCGGCGCUACUGUCGCGACAGCGGGCCUGGAGUACUGUUUUGCGAGCCCAGAGCUAAAUCCAAAGAAGUUUGCGGACCCGUGCGUCAUACUCAAGAAGACGUGCGUCUUCCAAAACGUAUUGGUCACGUUUGACCCGGACAUGAGCAGGCGGCAGCUGCCAACCAUGCCCUUUGCCAGAUGGAACUUCCCCAGUGGCAAGACCAACAGUGACGCAUUCCGCGGGCAGCAGCCCUACUACAGUCCCUUCCUGCGGCGCGCGGGGCCUGCCGAGCUUGAGCCGCCGGAGCUGCAGGACCCGGUGUUCAGCGCGUGCACCGUGCCGCUUGUGGUCAUGAGCGACUGGGCCUUCAACGUGGGGGAGUUCCUGGCAGAGGUGAUGCCCAUGGUCCACAAAUCCAUUUUCGAGCUGGGGCUGGACCCCAACGUGUCGCUGGUGUAUGCGGUGCCGCACGGCCUGGCGCUGACCACCUUCCACCGGGUGCUGCUGCAGCCCUACAGCCGCUACGGCGUCACCAGCCUGGCGGAGAUCGGGCGGCUGGACAGACAGGACGCGCCGGCCAUGUGGUCGGCGGAGGGGCGGCACAUCAACUGCUUCGAGAAGAUGGCGGUGUGCAAGUGGCAGGGCGGUCGGAACCACAAGGGCGUGCCGGUGGCCAAGGUGGGCGCCGAGCUGGUGCGGCGCCUCACGACCGGCCGCCCGCCGCUGCCGCCCGACCCGCUGGGCUUUGGCAGCGUGUACCGCAUCGCCGGCUACAAGGAGUGGCGCCCGCCAAAGGACCCCAAGAAGAAGAAGACCAAGAAGCCCAAACCCAAGCGGCAGCGCGACGUGGCAGAAGACAAUCUGGCGGCGGAGGACGCCGAGGCGGCCGAGGCGGGCCCGCCCAAGCUGCGGGUGCUCAUAGAGAGCCGGCACGGCAUGACGCGCAACCUGCGCAACCUGCCGGAGCUGUUGAACGUGUGCGAGCGGGCGGACAAACAAGGCUUCAAGGCGGGUCCGUUCCGUGGCAUCGCCUGCCGGGAGUACAGCUUCUCGGACCCACACGCCGCCUCCAGCCAGUCGGUGGCGCCGGACCACUUCCUGACCAACGUGGCUGCGGUGCGCUCGGCCCACGUGCUGGUGAUGCAGCACGGCGCCGGCGCCAUUAACAGCUUCUUCAUGCGGCAGCAGGACGCGGGGCCGUCGGCGCUGGUGGAGCUGAGGCCCUGCAAGUGGGGCACCAAGUACGGCUUUUGGCCCGACUCCUAUGAGCCGCAGCUGCACGCGCUGAGCGAUGAUGCCAUCCGCGUCUUUGUGUACAACGUGGAGGACCGCCGCCAAUGCCAGGCAUCCGACUACAUGGCGAUGGUGAACAACGACACGCUGCCCGCCUCUGCGCUGAGCGCGCUGCCGGCCAUGCGCGCGCGUGACCAGCAUCUGGAGCUCAUCCCCUCGCAGUUCAUGGAGGUGCUCACACACGUGGCCAGCCUGAUGGCCAACCUGUCGGACUACCGGAGGGCGCGGGAAGAGAACCGGCUACACGCCUACGCGCUGCCGGGCGGCGGUCCGGUGUGGUAUGGGCCGCUGGGCAUGGCGGAGUAUGAGGACUACUUUCGGAAGCAGGGCUGGCGGAAGCCGAAGGCCUUGGAAGAGGAGGAAAAAGAGGAGGGGGAGGAAGAGGGGGAGCAGGAGGAUGAAGGCGAGGAAGAUCAGUGAAGCUUUUGUACGGUAACACGACUAACACGCCACCAGGCUACAUGCCACGUGGGGCAUGGGCGUGCUGUGCUGUGUACGAUUGCAGUCUGUACCAUAAGUGCAAAUGCUUGUGCACGGGCUAAGGCACGGGGCUCAGGUGGAUUGCGGAUUGUCGGAUACACCGCCUAUUAUGCAUAAUGCAAAGAACAUGCAUAUGGGCGCCAUAAUACACGGA